AUGGCGCCAUUGAUGAACGAGCUCAUCAACGAGUCUAGUGAUCGUCACCGCUCAGUGAACGGAAGCCACGUCAAGCCACGACUGCUCAUCAUCGGCGCUGGCUCCCGGGGAAAUGCAUAUGCCAGAGCAGUGGUUGAUUCAGGCCUGGGGGUUGUAGCUGCUGUCGCGGAGCCCAUUGACUUCAAACGCCGUCAUCUAGGCUCGCAGUACAUCUGGCCCAAUGGCGAGCCCAAGCCUGAGCAGGAGUUUAGCUCGUGGAAGGACUUUAUCAACUUCGAGACGCAGAGACGCAAAGACGAGGCUGCCGGGGUGUCAGUAUCACCUGGGGUCAAUGGAGCCUUCAUCUGCGUCCGUGAUGAGCACCAUGUUGAAGUCUUGACGGGAAUCGCUCCACUGGGUCUUCACAUCAUGAGCGAGAAGCCGCUCGCGACGUCCCUGGCAGAUUGCUUGAAGAUUGAGCGCUCUGUACGAGCAAACCCAGAGAAGAUCUUUGCGAUUGGCCAUGUCUUGAGGUAUAGCCCCCACAAUAUGCUCUUGCGGCACAUGGUCCGCCAAGAGCGGGUCAUUGGCGAUAUCCUCUCCAUCGAACACACCGAGCCAGUGGGCUGGUGGCACUUCAGCCACUCAUAUGUUCGUGGCAACUGGCGGAAAGAGUCAACGACAGCCCCAAGUCUGCUCACCAAGAGCUGUCAUGACAUCGACUUUGUUCUAUGGAUGCUUUGCUCGCCACUGUCUGCCAGCGAUGAAAAUGCGCACCUCCCUUCCCGCAUAAGCUCUUUCGGAUCGCUCAAGCAAUUCAAAAGGGAAAGGAAGCCACGGGAGGCCGGAGGCGCAACGAACUGCUUGUCUUGCCCCAUCAGUGAUCAAUGCAAGUUCUCGGCAAAGCGAAUCUAUCAUGAUAAGCACCUUGCCAGAGGAAAUGCCAAGUGGCCGGUGCAUAUCGUCAAUCCAGAGGUCGAGGCAAUGCUCGAGAGUGACGGCCCAGAGAAAGCAACAAAGGCUCUGAUGGAUACGUUGGCAGAAGACUACACCACUGGCAAGACUCCCGUACAGGAUGUCGCAUCUCGUUCUUGGUACGGUCGCUGCGUAUGGGAAAGCGAUAAUGACGUGGUUGACGACCAGUACGUCACAAUCGAAUGGGACGACGACGGGCACGACCGGCCAGCGAAAACCGCAUCGUUCCAUAUGAUCGCACAGAGUCUUGCACAGUGCGAGAGGCGAGGCAGAAUCUAUGGCACGAACGGAGAGAUCUACUACGAUAGUAAAUCUAUCACCGUCCACGACUUUGAUAACGACACCACAAGAACAUUCAAUCCCGAAGUCCCCAAGAACUCGCAUCAUGGCGGCGGAGACGAUGGACUGACGCAGCAGUUCGUAAAGGCCAUAGCGGCAUCAAUGGAUGGAAAGACGAGUGUCAGGGAGGCGCAGGUGCAGUACCUGGGUUGUACCAUGGAGGAGAUCAUCAGAUCACAUGCUGCUGUCUUUGCUGCAGAGGAAGCGAGACGAGAGAAGAAGAUUGUGGAUUGGCGAGACUGGUGGGGCAGGAAUAUUGAGAGAGUACCAUCAAAGCUGGAGUGGUAG